AUGAGAGCUGUCCUGUACUGUCCCCUGCUCCUGCUUUCUUUGGUCCUGCUAGCGAACAUCAGUGAGGCUCUGCGAUGUUAUACCUGUAUGGGCUCCAAUAACGAAGACUGCAACCGGCAAGGCUCCAAAUCUUGUCCCAGCUACUCUGAUGCCUGUGCUGUGGUGGUGGGCCAUGACAGUGGGGUAAUGAAGUCUUGCUCCUAUAAGUCCUUUUGCAGUCAGGCCAACAGCCAGGGCUACAGAGCACCGGGUGUCAGAGUUCACUGCUGCUACGGCGAUGACUGCAAUGAGACCAGCUUUGCCUCCCGGCUGCCAAGACUCAACUACCUGCUGCUGUUUCUGCCUUUGUUGUUCCACUGUUUUUUCAAGUAG